GGAAACGGUAACACAAGGAGCAACGCUCAAAAGCAUUCACCGGGAGUUUGUCUUCUCUCGUCUUCUCUAGCUUACUAGAAAAGCUUGGAGCUCAAACCAUGUCAAGAGAGAAAAGAAGAUAUUAUAGUGAAGAAGAAGAUGGGAGAGCACGCAAAAGAAGAAGAACAACUGAAACUGUGGAUAUUGAAGAUCGGUUAGAAUCCCUCAUUACACGUGUUGGAGAAAAGAGUACUUCAUCGCUUGAAAGCAAUCUGGAAGGUCUUGCCAAUGUGCUAGAAGCUGAUCUGCCAAAUUAUAAAGAACGUAUCCUGAAGAUUAUUUGCACUUGUGCUACAAAUCUACCAGAGAAAAUCACUAUCUACAGCACACUUGUUGGACUUUUAAAUGCAAAGAGUUACAGCUGUGGAGAGGAGUUCCUAGACAUGAUUUUGGAAAACCUCAAGGAAGUGCUGAUUGCUGCUCAAUUUGAUAGAGCUAGAUUAAUGGUGCGGUUUCUUGCUGAUCUCGUUAACUGCAGAGUUCUCAUGCAUAGUGGACUGCUGGAGUUUUUUGAUAAGUUCCUGGCUGCUACUAUGGAGGACAAUGCUCCACAGGCCCGGUCUGACUGGUUUGUGUACACAGUACUAUCUUCAUUGCCAUGGGCUGCCAAAGAACUCUCUGAGAAGAAGAGUCUGGAAUUUGAACGGUUGUUGUCAACAAUUGAAAGCUACAUAAGUCAAAGACAGAAGACCCACAUUCCUGCCUUGCGAGUGUGGUCAUCUGAUGAACCUCACCCUCAAGAAGAGUAUCUUGAUUGCCUAUGGGCACAGAUUAAGAAGCUCAAAUCAGACAACUGGCAGGAAAAGCAUAUCAGGAGACCUUAUCUAGCUUUUGAUGAUGUGUUGGGAGAUGCCUUACAGCACACCCUUCCUUCAUUUGCACUUCCAGCAGAGAAGGAUGGCACUGUUUACCCACUUCCAUAUGUAGUUUAUAGAAUGUUUGAUUACACUGAUGUACCAGAGGGUCCAUCUAUGCCAGGAGCUCAUGCAAUUGAAAGAUAUCUGAUAGAGGAGGGUAUUCGAAGAACAAUUCAUGCUCAUUUCAAGGACAGAAAGGAAUGUGCAAAUCAGCUGUUAAAUUUACCUGGAAAGUCUAAAGUGCCUAUUAAUUAUUGUGUCAUUGAGGUGAUCUUUUCAGAAAUGUUCAGACUUCCAAUGUCAUAUCAUACUCAAGUAUUCUAUGGUUCCUUGAUUAUGGAACUGUGCAAACUAAGAUCAGACACAAUUCCAGGCAUUGUUGCCCAGGCAACAGAAUUAUUGUAUGAAAGGAUAGAUACAAUGAACACAACUUGUGUAGAAAGGUUUGUUUGUUGGCUUUCGCAUCAUCUCAGCAACUUCCAGUUUAAAUGGAGUUGGGAUGAAUGGGUAUCUGCAACUGACGCUGGACUGGAAACACCAAGAUGUGUGUUCUUGAAUGAACUUUUUGAAAGAAUUCGAAGACUAUCGUACCAUCAGUUCCUGGUUGAGAACAUCCCUGAGGGAUUACAUGGCGUUCUCCCCGCUGUACCUACACCCAACUACCGAUACUCAGACGAGGAAGGCAAGUUGGCUGGACAAGACAAAGCGAAAGAGCUUAUCGACGCAAUCAGAGCCAAGAAAGAUGUCGAUCAUCUUCAGACUAUUUUAAACAACAUACCAGCAAAUGCAACUGGUCAAGAAGAUGACAAUGCUGAUGCGCCAGUAAUCGACCAUACUUUUCCAGUAUUACGUCUGGAGGUCUUGCUUCAAGUUGUGUUCAAACUCGGUUCCAAGUCUUUAAGUCAUUCAUUCAGUGCUCUUACGAGGUUUCAUAAGCUGUUAAAAAAUGUUAUCGUGAACGAAGAAGCUCAGAUCCAUUGUUUGAAGAUUUUGCACGAGUUUUGGUCAUCAAAUCAUCAGAUCGUUGUGGUGCUGGUUGAUAAAUUGGUUCGCAUGCAGAUCACUGAUUGUUCAGCGGUUGUCAACUGGCUUUUUUCCAAAGACAUGAAGGAGAACUUUACAAGAUUAUACGUGUGGGAAAUAAUGACGAGUACCUUAAAGAAAAUGAGCAAGCAUACUAGUAAGGUUUCAGGAGAAGUACAGGAAGCUAAGGAAAAGGUGGCGAAAUUGGAAGAAAAAGCCAAGAAACAGGCAGGAGAAGCGAAUGGAAAUUCAAACCUUGAACCUGGUGUAGCGGAAGAUUUGGGUAAAAAACAAAAGCAGCUGGAAGAACUUACAGAAAAACUGGAAAAUGCCCAAAGAACGCAAAAGCAACUCUUCCUUAUUGUUUUCCAGCGUUUUAUAAUGAUCUUAACGGAACACAUUGUUCGCUCUGAGCAACAGCAGUUGGAUGUAAACACUCAGUGGUUCAAGUACACAACAGAAAGACUCCGAGAAAUAUUAAUCACGAAUCAUAAUCAAGUGUUCCAGUACCUGAGCUCUCUCGAAACCUUGCUCUUCACAUCUGAUCUUGAUCCGCGCAUUUUGAACUUGUUCAAUCAUUUUAAAGCCUUAAGGUCGUAGAUGGAUGGCAUUCCUAACCUUUAAGUUUAAGUUAGAGUAGUAUGUACACCACACAUAUGGCGGAAAAUCGUAAAAGUUAUUUUACGAAGGUUUCCUCUCACUCGAGCAAGGAACAAUAUGUUUUUCCUCAUGCGCUAAUUUUCCAGAGUUUUCUUUGUUCCGCUUCACUCGUAAAGCGAUGAAGGGUCUAUGGUUUGCUCUACGUCUGAUUUUAAGUGUUUUAUUUCUUGUCAUCAUAUAUUUUAUUGCAUAAUUAUUUUUUCCAGCAUAAAUUAUCGUUCAGUUGCACAUGCAACGCAACCAUUCUCAGCUGGGUAAGCAACGGUUGGGUCGUAUUUAAGCCAAUCCCUGGCUUUGUUCCUCUCUCCACGCGAAAACAAAAGGCCUAUUGUUUAACAAUCGGUCGCUUCUGGUCGUCAUAGUAAGCUAUGAGUUUUUAUGACUUUGUAAUUGGCAAUUUUAAAUAUCCAAUAAUUGGAAAAGUGCUGAAUUCUUAGUCAGAAUCUCAAAGAUUUGUUGUCGUUAUAAAUUUUUAAUUGAGUGUCAAAAGUAAUUCGGUAUUACUUUGAUUUUGCUUUACCUCGCACUCUGAUUGGCCUAGAAUACUCGCGCCAUCCUUUCAACCAAUCAAACGCAAAAUGGCUUAAUCACCUGCGCUUUCACGUCCUUGAGGCAGUUUGCCUGAGUUUGCUUUGAGUUCUUAUUGGCCUAUUAUGAUGUUAAAUUUUUUAUCUGAUUGGCUGUGUUGAUUACUCUAGUUUUGGUUUUUUGACAUUCAAUUAAAAACUUCCCUAACCUUUGAUAAAAAUUGAGCAUGUGUUUUUAUCAAACAGCGUGUAAGCUGGGCACCCUCGUUUUAACUCAACCAUUACGUUAUCUUUUAAUAAACAAUAACCAACUUG